AUGGAACAGAUUUUACAGCAGAUUAAUGGCAAGUCAGUGACAGGGAUCAUAUAUGGGCUUGUAAAUAUCACUGAUUUUGUGAAAACUAAUCAAUCGAUACGAGAUGAAGCAAAUAUAAUUUUUGAAUCACUUACACCGAAGCUAGUACAUAAUCAUUACAAAAUCAGAUCGAUAUCUUUUGCACUUGUGGAAUACUUAUUUAUCCAAAACUUCGAAGAUAUUGAAAAUCCAUUAAUUGCUCUUUCAAAUCUAAUAUUUGGGCUUCAAUCCGUUAAUAAACUUAUUGUCCGCUCAGCAAAAAUAUCAAUUAGAAUAAUUACACAGAAAAUACCAUAUAAACUUUGGUGGAAAGAUAUCGAAACUGUUUUAGAAACAACAAAAUCAAAAGAAUGCGAAUUAAAAUUACUUAAAAUUCUAUCUCAACUAAACAUUGAACUGCCUGCAAAGCCAUUUUUAAAGAAAUUAGAAAGCCCUGAUAAAAAGGUACGUGAACGUACACAAAUAAUACUUAGCCGAUGUACCAAAGAUGAUGUAUUGAGAGCAUUAUCAAAAUACAAAGUGAAUUAUUCUACAUAUAGAAGUGUUUGUGAAUAUUUAGAUAAUCAACAUGAUAUUAUUGCAAGUCGAUCAAAAGUACAGAGCAAUUUAGAACAAACAGAUGCAACAAAAAAUCUCAAUGAGCGACAACGGUUCCUUUACAUCGAUCAUCCAAAAUUAAAUGAAAAUGAUAUGGAUGAAAAUAUGUCUGUAUCGCUUGGCCUUCUUAGUUCAUCCACAAACUUAUUAUCCAUUGACUCUAAAGAUGAUAAAGUCGAUUUAAACUCACGAGAUCAAAGAAUCAAAAAUAAACCAUCAAUUCAAGACGUGUUUGAUGAAGAAACUAACUUGAACACCAUAGAAAAUGCCAAAUCAAAGCCAGUUCAGAAAGAAAAUCCUCAGCCAACACAACCAGAAAUCGAAAACAAAUUUUAUUCAAGUUCAUCACCACGUGCUUCUGAUGAAGAAGACGUCAUAAGUGUUAAAUCAGCCCAAUCAAAGUCUUCUAUAGCAAGCGCUUUAUCAAAUAAGUCAAAUCAUGAAAAUCAAUCUGUUAAAUCUAAUGCUUCACUAACAAAAGAGAAAAAUGAAGAUAAAUCAUCAGUAAGUUCAAGAUUAUCAAUGAAAAGUCAGCAUUCUGAAAGCCAAAAAUCACAAUCAAGAAAAUCUGCUCUUCAAUCUGAUGCUUCAAGCGUUUCUUCAGUGAAAUCAAAGAACUCAUACUUAGAAAAACAAUCAAUAAGAUCAAUUAUAUCAGACCACAAAGAAAAUGAAGAGAAAAUUAAAAGCGAAAUUUCCGAAUCUCAGUCAGAAAACCAUAUUACAAAAGAACCAAUAGGGAGACUAGUUAAGAAACAAGUUAAAUCACCAUUAUUUAACUUACGAGAUCUCACAAAUUGCACUUGGCUCGAGAGAUUAACUUUUCUUGAUGUAAUUAGCAAAAGUUUGGAUGAUGGAUCAUAUCAAAACUAUGACGGAACAGAAAUGCUUGAAUGCGCUCUUUCAGGAGCUCUUCCUCUCCACAGAAAAGUUGUUGAUACAGCGAUGGACAUAAUUUCAAGAAUUAUUGUUUUAUUUCCUGAAUCUUUGACUACAAGGAACUUAGCAAUUAUCGUUAAAUUAUGUCUUUCUGUAUCACGAGAAUUUGGAGAUAAGGAAUCAUACAGAGAUUUGGUUGAAGCAUUGAUCCAAGAAGCCAAUCCACAAAUGGCAAUUGAAGCAGCAAUUGAAUCAGAAUUGAAGAGAAACAAACCAGUAAAUUCUCCGAAAUUUGUGUUAAUGAUCAUAAAAGACCAUGAAAACAAAGUUUCUCAGUAUUCAGUCAAAACUGUUGAAGAUAUUUUAUCAUUCUUUAUAAGAGAAAAUCCGAUUUCCCCUGAUUCAGAAGACAUUUUAUCAAUUAUUUGUCGAUUACAUCAUGAUGUUGCAAUUAGAUUUUAUAGAAGACAAAACAAUCAGAACCAGACAAUACUAAGGAGAUUUAUUCCUCAUUCACUUCAGAAUAAGCACAAUAAACAAGAAGACAAUGAUAAUGAUGACUUUAUUAUUCCAACAAAUUUAACGAAACAUGAAAAAAUCGAAAUUUUACAUAAAGAAUGCAAAAAAGGAGACAGAUCAAAUAUUUCUCUGAUAUCAGCAAUGCUUGAUAUCAUUGAGAUUGAUGAUACGAAAGACUUACAGAAAGUAUUUACAUGUUUCUUGCUCCUUUAUGUAAAAAUUUCGCAAUUUCAUUACCAAAAAAUUCAACAGAAAUUAUUUGAUUUAUCAUCAAAAUAUUUCGCUUCUCCACAUGUUUUGGACAUCUUGAAAUCACCGAAAUUUGAUAGAUCUCUUAUCCAAGGAUUGUCUAAAUUCUGCUGGAAUUGUCCUACUUCUGUUUUUAAUGGUGGAGAGGAUUUGUAUGAAACAUUGUAUUCCAUUUUCUGUGAGAUAGAUGGAAGAGAAAGACAGAAUAUUGUAGCCAUUGCAUUAGCAAUUGAAAGAGCAUCUGGAAUCUCAUUCACUAGUUUACCUUCAAUGAAACAAAUUCAUUGUAGAAUGAUUCAAAAAAUUACUCAGCAAUUUUAUGUUGAGUAA